AUGACAAUAGCCGAAUUUACAGAGGCCGGUGAAGAAGCUAAUAGGAAUAGGUCAAAUCUCAUGGGGAAAUUGAGGAAAACGGAAGAUGAGUUAGCUGAGUUGCUGGAGUCCCAAGAAGAUUUGAAGCAAGCUGCAGAAAAGGCUGAGAAGGAAGUGCUUUCACUGAAGUCUCAACUUGCCGACGCUCGAAAAAGAUUUGACGAAGAGCUUGAGCAGCAUAUUGCUGACUUGCAACGGAAAGCUACGCGUGAAUUAGCCGAAGCAGUGGCUAAAGCAGAAGAGGCUGACCGAAAGUUUGAUCAGCAACUUGCUGAGGAAAAAGCAAACACCUCUAAAGCAAUUAGUGAAAGAGAUGCUGCUCAACAACAGGCUAGAGACGCGGAAACGCGAUAUUUGAACGUAGUAAAGGAAUCCAAAGAGCUUCAUGAUCAGCUUGAAGUCAUAGAUAAGGAGAGGCGGAUGCUUCGUCUAGAAGUUGAUAACUUGGCUUCAACGAAGGAUGACGCAGGCAAGAGUGUGUUUGAACUGGAGAAGGCGAAAAAGCGCCUUGAAGAAGAACUGGCAGAAGCCAGGGAGCAGAUCAUAGAACUUGAAGAUGCGCUGCAGUUAGCUGAUGAUGCAAAGACUAGAGGAGAGGUGAUGCUACAAGCUGCAAAACAAGAUUGGGAAAGACAGCUGUCGCAGAGAAGUGAAGAAGAGGAUGAUCAAAGGCGUUCGUUGACUAAAAGGCUACGUGACCUAGAAGAGGAGCUGAAUGUCGAACAACGUUCAAGAGCACAAGCUGUGCAAGCAAAGAAAAAAGUAGAAGCGCAGGUAUGAAA